AAAUCACCUGAGCUCUCCAACAUCCCCGGCACUGAUGGUAUUCUGCCCCUUCAUCUGGUUUCGGCCUUGGGCAAGGUGGGUCUCCUGCGUCAUAUGCUCAGUUUUGCAACCUCCGCCGCGGAUGGUGAUGAUGAUUCGUCGCUCGCCUACCAGCUCCGCAGUUGCCAUAUUAACGACACACCUGCUCUCUAUGCCUCCCCAUUCUGGUAAGACAUGCCUAUUUUUGCUUGCUUUCUGA